CAGCUACCGGAAAAGAAAGUGGGUCCCGCGGAGAGUUCUGGGAGAGGUAGUCUCCAGACCGUCACGGGGACCAGAGGCGGGCAGAGCGACCUGCCCAUGGUUACGCAGCUGCUUAGCAUCCGAGCCUCAAUCUGAAGUCGGGUCUGUCCGACUUCGGGCCAGCGUCGGAGCCACACUCCGAAGGAGAUUCCAUUCAGAGAGAGGCGCGAAGCGGCGCGGGUGGAACCGCCUCUGCCGCCCGAGGCUGCCAUCCUUCUCCAAAGGCUGUGCGGUGCCCAGGCAAGAAUGGCCCCUGUGCCCCUGACCUUCGGGGCUCUCCAGGAGUCAGUGACAUUCAGGGAUGUGGCCGUGGACUUCACCCAGGAGGAGUGGGGAUGUCUGGACCCUUCUGAGAAGGAGCUCUACAGGGACGUGAUGCUGGAGAACUAUGGGCACCUGGUCCAUCUGGGGCUUGCCGUUUCCAAGCCAGAUGUCAUCUGUCAUUUGGAGAGAGGGGACCCUCCUUGGAAGCCAGUGACUAAAGUGCCAAAGUCCAGCUCUUCAGGGGGUCGUCUGCGGGUCUCCAGCUUGAGAGAAGCCCAGGAAGGUGAUGCCAGUUUGGGCAGACUCCAGAACAAUGAGGGGGAACAUUCUCGGAAUCAUACUAAGAAGAAAUCUAAAUCUUCUAAAUGUGGGAAGGGCUCCAAGAGAAGCACAGAAACUACAGAGAGUCAAAAAACUGAUACUGGAGAGAAAUCCCUUGGUUGUGAUGUAGAUGGAAAGAACUCCUUGGAGGCAGCUCUUACUCCAAGUGAGAAAGUACCUUUGAGGGAGAAACCUUCUGAAUGUGAGGAAGCUUCUGAUGGGAAGACAACCCCUAACCAAUCUCAGACAGCUGAUACUGGAGAGAAUGUUCAUGAAUGUACUGAAUGUGGGAAGACUUUCCAUAACAAAAAAGCCCUUACUCGACAUGAGAAAAUUCAUCCUAUAGAAAACCCUUAUGAAUGUGGUGAAUGUAGUAAGGUUUUCCAUAAAGAGACAGCCCUUAAACAACAUCAGCUAAGUCAUACUAAAGAGAAAUCUUAUGAAUGUAAUGAAUGUGGGAAGAUCUUCCGUAGGAGAGGAGUCUUCAAUAGACAUAUGAAAAUUCACACUGGGGAGAGACCUUUUGAAUGCAAUGAAUGUAACAAGGCCUUCCACAGGAAGACAACUCUUAUUCUCCAUCAGAGAACUCACACUGGUGAGAAACCUUUUGAAUGUAGCGAAUGUAACAAGACCUUUAACUGCAAACCAGAGCUUACCCGACAUCAGAGAAUUCAUACCGGAGAGAAACCAUAUGAGUGUCCUGAAUGUGGGAAGAGCUUUGCACGUAAUUCAUAUCUUACUCAACAUGCCAGAAUUCAUACCGGCAAGAAACCUUAUAAGUGCAAUGAAUGUGAGAAGGCCUUCAGCAGGAGAUCAGAGUUUAUUCAACAUCAGCGAAUUCAUACUGGAGAGAAGCCCCACGAAUGUCACGAGUGUGGGAAGGCCUUCUAUAGGAAGAGAGAACUUACUCAACAUCAGAGGAUUCAUACUGGAGAAAAACCCUAUGAAUGUAGUGAAUGUGGGAAGGCCUUUCACUGGAAAAGAGUCCUUACCCAGCAUCAGAAGAUUCAUACUGGAGAGAAACCUUUUGAAUGUAAUAAAUGUGGGAAGGCUUUCCCCUUUAAUUCCUAUCUCAAUGAACAUAUGAGAAUUCAUACCGGCGAGAAACCUUAUGAGUGUUAUGAAUGUGGGAAGUCCUUUUGCUGGAGACAAGUGCUGAAUCAGCAUGUCAGGAUUCACUCUGGAAAAAGUUACAAAUGCAAUGAAUGUGGGAAGGCUUUCCACAAGAAUACAACCCUUAUUAAGCACCAAAGAAUGCACACCGAACAGAAACCUUGUAAAUGUGAUUAAUGGAUACGGGAAGGCCCUUUGCUCCAAAUCGAUAUUUACUCAGCACCAAAGUUCACACUAAAGACAGAUCUUGUGAGUGACAUGAAUUUCGUGGAAGACUUUUUAUUUCAGGAAUUGGUCGACAGAGAAUUCAUACUGAAGAGAGAUCUUAAGCGUGUCAUGAAUGUUGGGACAUCUUUAGACAGAGAUGAUCCUUGAUUGAGCAUCAGAGAAUUCAUCCCAUAUAAGGAAACUUAGAGAGUAUUUUUUGGACCAUAUGACUACAAAUCGGGCACUAUAUGGUUUUUGUGUUCACGAUCUCUCAAACCCCUCUCCAAAAUAGCGAUUUUAUGACAGAAAUUUCCUCCAUCUUCAUGAACUUACUUUACCGGGAAUUCCUUCGAAGUUUUAUAAGUGUUUUGAGUUUAGGAAGACUUUCUGCCAGAAUAAGAACUUCUAUUGUAAAUUAGGAAACUCAUUCUGAAAAGACAGUUUACGAGUUGAUUGCUAUUAGGUCUUUUGCUAAAGCAUUUCAGUUGAACUCCAAAAGUAUUUUUUGACUGUCUAUUGUGUGUCAGGUAAGUGGUGCACUAAAGAGAGCAUUGGGCCUGAGAUAUUGUGUGACCAUGGGCAAGUCACUGAACCCUGAUUGCCUCAAUUUCCUCAUCUAUAAAAUGAACUGGAGAAGAAAAUGGCAAACCACUCCAGUAUCUUUGUCAAGAAAAUCUCAAAUUAAGUCAAAGAGUUGGACACAAUUGAAACAAGUAGUGUGUCCUGUAAUCGGGCAUAAAGACAAAAUUGCCCUGCCCUGAAGAAUCUUAAAUACUCCUGGGGAAAGUAACUUAUUCUAUGCCAAUUGAAUUAUGAAUCUUGUCAACAUAUAACCCAUGAAGACUGGCCUUCCAUCGGGGAACACGAUCCAGAAAAUCCAUACUGGGCAGACAACUUAUGAUACAAGAAAAAAUUUCCUGCCCAUUCACAGGAUUUCAUGAAAAAUCAGAGUAUUUCAUGUUGUUUCCUAUAUUGGGCCAGAGGCCCCAUGAAUACAAUGUAUAUGGAAGGACUGAGUUGGAUCAGAAACCUUUACUAUGAAUUAUAAAAAGACUAUAGAGAGAUCUCUAUGAAUAGAUAUACUAAAAGUAGGCAGCAGUCCUAUUUUUCUGUUUUGUGUAACGUGGAUUAAAGUUUUGGACACAAAAAGAAUUGAUCUAGUCAUGUGGGAAGAUUGUUUUCUGUCAGGAACUUUUGUAACAUUACUAGCUUUGUAUAUUUAAUGAGAAAUCUGGAGUUUCUGUCACUAAAACACUACUUUGUAAGUAGCAUUUCCUUCAUUCCUUCCCUUCCUUCCCUUUCCUUCUUUAUCUUUCUUCUCUCCCCCUUUCUUCCUUUCUC